CUAAAAAGCUUGAGAAAUCGCACAGACAGUCUAGCACAAACAUUACAAAUGAAAGAAGACACCGCUUGUCCUACCUUGAGAAAAUUCACUUUCGAAUGCGAGAAAUACUUACAUCAUGAGAUGGCAUUUCAUCCGUUUUUACCAAACACUGCUUCGGUUUUCAGCUUCGACACAAUGAUGUCCCAUCAACCGUCGUUUUACCCUGCCACUGGGGUAACUUCCCAACAGUCUCUUACUUUGCCUGUAGCGCAAAGACAGCCAACGUUGGAUCCGAGCAACACCGAAACGAUCCUGUGCAUAUCCUCGUUGGAACAGCAUGCUGCAAACCCGUCUGCCACGCUCAGGCCUCCUAAAACGCUGAAGAACGAGGACGUCAUCGAGGAUGAUCCAAAAGUUCACUUGGAGGCAAAGGACCUUUGGAAACAGUUCCACAAAUUCGGCACUGAAAUGGUCAUAACCAAAUCAGGAAGGCGCAUGUUUCCACCGUUCAAAGCUAGAUGUACUGGUUUGAACAAAAGGGCGAAAUAUAUUUUGCUUAUGGACAUGGUGGCGGCCGACGACAGCAGGUACAAGUUUCACAACUCCAGUUGGAUGGUUGCAGGAAAAGCAGAUCCUGAAAUGCCAAAGCGGAUGUAUAUACACCCAGACAGCCCUGCUUCUGGGGAAGAAUGGAUGUCAAAAGUUGUCAAUUUUCACAAACUAAAAUUGACAAACAAUAUCUCGGACAAGCAUGGGUUUACGAUUCUUAACUCAAUGCACAAAUACCAGCCGAGAUUUCACAUUGUGAGGGCCAACGACAUCCUCAAACUGCCUUUUAGCACGUUCAGGACAUUUGUCUUUCCUGAGACGGAAUUUAUUGCUGUAACUGCAUAUCAGAACGAUAAGAUUACACAAUUGAAAAUCGAUAACAAUCCUUUCGCUAAGGGUUUCCGUGACACUGGCAAUGGUAGAAGAGAAAAAAGGAAACAACUAGUGAUAAAUAUACCUAUAUUGAAGUACAGUGGGACGAAAAUGCAAGAAGACGAAGACACGUCGGGUGAUUGUUUUGACGAGGCUUCACUGAAAACCGCUGGGAACUCAAAAUCAACUGAAUUCUACGAAAGUGACAACGAACGUUUUCAAGAAUUUGGAGAUGGCCAUAGCUUUGGACAAGACGUGCGAAAAAUCUCAACCACUGAAGAACUAACCCCUGACCCAAAUGUUACCACAACCCAAGACGGACUAGCAGACAGGCCAGCAACCGACUCAUUUUAUACCAGAGCUGACUCAGAUGAUCCAAAACAGGAUAAUGUGACUAUCAAAGCUGACGGCAUGACACGUUGCUUUGGAGCAAAGGCGCUCUUCCAUCAUCCCAGCGGGUUUUCCCGUUAUUAUUCAUAUCCUUUGGACACUUUGGGUGUCGCUCACCGUCUCCUACACCCUACCCUAUACAACUUCCACAGAACAACUUUCUCAAAUGUGGCAGCGGCAGCCAUGGGGCACAUGCUGGCAGCUGUAUCGUCUAGCGGAUUGUCCGAAAUGAGCACGACUGGUACCCCAGUAUCUUCUUUGGAAACAGGAUCAGGAACAUCAGGAUUAUCCUCGAACGUUCAGCAGCAUUUUAUGCCAUCUCAGGGCCUCAGGGUUUCUCCAUUUGGUGGUAUAUUCCCAUACCCCUACUCCUAUGAGGCUGCGGCGCCUGCUCUCUCCACCACGGCAUCCACAGUAAAUCGCCCAGGGCGCCCUCGUAUCCAGUUCAGACCCUACUCAAUUCCUAGUAGCGUACAAGACCACGGUUCCACGCACCCAACAUCUAUUCAUCUUAUGGUUGAUAGAGACAUUUAUUUUCACAGCACUGGAAAUAGCACCACUGCAUCCCCGUUGGACUGUAGACAUAGGCCUACGCCAGAAGUCAAUAGCGAUUUUGUGCCAAUGGGUUCUGGUGCGUCAGCAGCGAAACGAAUAACCAGCAAGGAUCGUAUGGAUCAACUUCAAUGUAUUCACCAGUUGGUCAGCGGAAUAAAUUCAUACAGAGACUUAUCUUCCUAGGGUCAUAUAUUUGACGAUUAAAAUAAGUGUCUUUACAGACCAAUGAAUGAAAAUAGAAAUGUUUGAAAUCACACCAAAAAGCGUUUUAAAAUGUGUUAUAGUGCACUGUGUAUGCAUAAUAGAUAGACCUUUUUAAAGCUAAUGUAAUAGGCAAAUGGUUGCGGUUGUGUGUUGAUGAUUCUGGAGGCUAAGUUGUUCACUGAUUGCAGAUAUGUUCGAUUACAAUAAAUCCACAAUGUUUUUACUCAGCCAAUUACUUCAACGUUUUGAACCUAUGUUAUCAAA